GGAAGGAGUAGUGCUUCUAAAUCAGUGAAUAUAUUUGGGGAUUAGAGGAAAGAGGAGAAUGGAAGCAGCAGCACUCAUAAUUGGCCUCCCAAUUUCCUCAUCGCCAUUUUCAACUCAAACAUACAAACGAAAAAUCCUUUAUCCAAUAAGUCUUCAUCAUCCGCCUCAUCUUCGUACCUGCUCUGCACCUUCUUCGUCUUCUUGGGGGCCAUUCAACCGACCCAGAAAUGGAAAUGACCUUUUUGCGGUGGCCUGCCUGCCUUCUUCUCCAAACCAACCUUCCAUUCCAAAAACCAGGCUCUAUGUCAGUGGGCUGUCAUUCCGCACCACUGAAGAGAGCUUGAGAAAUGCUUUUGAAACCUUUGGCCAACUUGUAGAGGUUAAUCUUGUGAUGGAUAAAAUAGCAAAUAGACCAAGAGGCUUUGCUUUCCUUCGUUAUUCCACUGAAGAGGAAUCUGAGAAAGCCAUUGAGGGAAUGCAUGGAAAGUUUUUGGAUGGCAGGGUGAUAUUUGUGGAAGUUGCGAAACCCAGAUCAGAGCUCCGCCAAAACCAGAACCAAAGACGAUACUAAGGAGGCUGGCAUUUGUACUGAGUAUCAUUGCAGAGGAUGAUCUUGAAGAAGAUGGAACCACAACCCUCCAGUGUUGACCUCUAUUCUCCAAUGGUCUUGUUACUGCUUGUAUGUCUCCUAAUUUCUUGGUGGGUGGUUGUUUCUCUGAAUUGAACAUCGGGCCAAAUGAGUUGGAAGGUAAAGAUAGAAUUCAUCUAGUUUUGAUUACUAAUGCAUACCACAUUGUAUGUGUUGUACCAGAAACUAGGGCUCCUGUGCUGCUUUUUUAUUUUUCUGAGCUCUUAGCAUUACCUUCAUCUUUUGUACCAGAGUUAAUCUCCUGGGUUUUCUUUAGAAGAAGAUUCAUGCUCUAAUCCAUUCCAUUUGGUUGGGUUUUGGGUUGGUUCUAACCGUUGAUUCAA